CUCAAUUCUAUUAUAUUAGAGCAAACUAAAUAAUGGCAACAAUGCCAAAGUUCUCCGACGAAAAACAAACAAAGAAACUCCAAUAUUAUUAUUACAUGUCAAUAUUAUUCACAAUAUUUAUCUCAUCAACUUUGUCCCAUGCCGAGCAAAUAAAAUCCUCACAAUCCCAUUUCGCCAAGUACUUUUACAAAGAGCCUUCCAUUACUUCAUUCCCAUCCAAAGCUUGCAAAAACACCCCAUACCCAUCAGCCUGCCAAACACUAUUCAAAGAUUCCAUCACUUUCCCGAGAAACAAACAGGCUUUGUUCGACCGCUCGGUCGCGCACUCCAUCUCCGAGAUCAACUCGGCUCGCUCCCUCGCCUACAAUAUCUCUACCGCCGCUUCCUCCAAAGUCACCGGGCACCACUUCGCCUCCGCACUCAACGACUGCCUCGAUCUCCUCGACGACACCAUCGACCUCCUCUCCAGCGUCGUUUCGUACGGAAAAGACACAAAAAUGGGCCUUAAGGCGCCUGAAAACGACGAUGAUAUCCACACGUGGCUCAGUGCCGCUCUCACCAACCAAGAGACCUGCCUCGACGGCCUCGAAAAGCACCAUAUCGACGGAGCCAUAACGUCGACGGCAAAGGCUCUCUCUCAGCUCACAAGCAACUCUCUUUCGCUUUUUCUUUCGACCUCGAAACCGAACAAGAACAUCCGCGGUGGCCGGAGAUUGCUGUCGGACGGCGGUGAGGGGUUCCCGGCGUGGGUGUCGGCGGCAGAUAGGAAGCUUCUGGAAGCUUCGGUGGAGGAGAUUGAGCCGCACGCGGUGGUGGCGAAGGAUGGGAGUGGGACCCACGGGAGUAUAGGUGAAGCUCUUGAUCACUUGGCGGCUUCAAUGGCGUCCGGGGGUAGAUCGGUAAUUUACGUUAAGGCUGGGACGUAUAAUGAGUAUAUUAAGAUUCCGACGAAGCAGAAGAACGUUUUGCUGUACGGAGAUGGGAAGGGCAAAAGCAUCAUUGUGGGUAGUAAAAACUCUGAAGCUGGGUCGACUACUUAUAAUUCUGCAACUGUUGGUGCCAUGGGAGAUGGAUUCAUUGCAAAGGACAUAACAAUCAUGAACAGCGCAGGCCCAUAUAAGCACCAGGCCGUGGCCCUUCGUGUUGGGUCCGACAGAUCAGUUGUCUACAGAAGUUCUAUCAUUGGCUACCAAGACACUUUAUACACCCACUCCAAGCGUCAAUUCUACAGAGAGACUGAUAUCUAUGGAACUGUUGAUUUCGUCUUUGGAAAUUCAGCUGUGGUCUUCCAAAGCUGCAACAUUGUCGCUAGAAAACCCCCCUCAGGUGGGCUCAAAAACUUUGUCACGGCCCAAGGUCGGUCCAGCCCGGAUCAGAACACCGGCAUAUCGAUCCACAACUGUCGGAUAUCCGCCGCACCGGGGUCCCAGACCUAUUUGGGCCGGCCUUGGAAGCAGUACUCCAGGACUGUGAUCAUGGAGUCCUACUUGGACGGAUCCAUAAGCCCAUCGGGCUGGUACCCUUGGUCCGGUGGGUUUGCAUUAAAAACCCUUUUUUACGCCGAGUAUAGGAAUACGGGCCCCGGGGCCUCAACUGGCCGGAGGGUUAAUUGGGCCGGGUAUCAUCCGUCCCUUACGGCUCCACAAGCCAAUUCCUUCACAGUUGCUGGUUUUAUCUCUGGGAAUGCUUGGUUGCCUUCUACAGGAGUGUCUUUUGAUUCUGGGUUGCUUGGAUAAUUCAACCGGGUAAAUGGGGAAAAUGUGUGAAACCGCGGUUACGUUUGUUUCAAGAGUUCUGUCUGGUUUAGAAUCAUGGUUCUUAAUCUGUUAAGAAAAAUUUGAAUUUCAAAAAUUAGAAUUACAAACUAUAAUUUUAAACUCAUGAACCAAACGUUACCUACAGUUUGCAUGGACCCCACCUAUAUAUUUUAUAGCCACUAGCGUUUGUACACGUGUCUGGGAUAAAAAAUAACCCACUACGUUCUUUUAUAUAUGUUUAGAAAAAUACCAAGUGUAAACUAUAAAUAAAUAAAUAAGCUUGCCUUGGACUGACAUUCAUAAAGGAAUGUCAACACUUGUAAUUGUAUGUUAUCCGAUAAAUAAAUGUCGUAAUUGUAGAAUUA